CAAUGGGUUAUCGUAGCAUAUCACGAACAUUAAUUUUAAAUUUGCUUUAUUCUUCCAUUUAUUUUAGAAACUCUCUUUAAUCUACACACCAUAAUGAAUAAUAGAUUUUUAAAUUUGUGUUUUUGUGAUAUAAGCCGGAGAUUUCAACAAUCCUCAGUAAAAAAUCAUAAAUUUGUUGUUUGCAAUGUACAAAGGAAUAUCAGCCUUCAGAACUUCAAUUGCAAAAGGAGUAUCCACACUUCAUCAACAAUGAACAGCCACAUGACAAGCAACCUGUGGGAGUCGGACCCGGAGCUGUUUGGGCUCAUCAGCUCGGAGAAGGCUCGGCAGCGCGCCGGCCUCGAGAUGAUCGCGUCCGAGAACUUCACCUCCCUGCCCGUGCUGCAGUGCCUCGCCUCCUGUCUGCACAACAAGUACUCCGAGGGCAUGCCCAACCAGAGAUACUAUGGUGGAAAUGAAUUUAUAGACGAAAUUGAACUACUGGCUCAGAAGAGAUCUCUGGAGGCGUACCGGCUCAGCGCGGACCAGUGGGGGGUCAACGUGCAGCCCUACUCUGGGUCUCCGGCGAACUUCGCGGUGUACACGGCGCUGGUGGAGCCGCACGGGCGCAUCAUGGGCCUGGACCUGCCCGACGGCGGCCACCUCACGCACGGCUUCUUCACCUCCACCAAGAAGAUCUCCGCCACCUCCAUCUUCUUCGAGAGCAUGCCCUACAAGGUGGACCCCCGCACGGGGCUCAUCGACUACGACGCGCUGGCGGCCAGCGCGCGCCUGUUCAAGCCGCGGCUCAUCAUCGCCGGCGUGAGCUGCUACUCGCGCGUGCUGGACUACAAGCGCUUCCGCCAGAUCGCGGACGACAACAACGCGCUGCUCAUGGCGGACAUGGCGCACAUCUCGGGGCUCGUGGCGGCCGGCGUCAUCCCCAGCCCCUUCGAGCACUGCGACGUGGUCACCACCACCACGCACAAGACGCUGCGCGGCCCGCGCGCCGGCGUCAUCUUCUACCGCAAGGGCGUGCGCUCCGUCAAGCCUAACGGAGACAAGGUGCUGUACGAUCUGGAGUCGAAGAUCAACGCGGCGGUGUUCCCGGGGCUGCAGGGCGGGCCGCACAACCACGCCAUCGCCGGCAUCGCCACCGCCAUGCGCCAGGCCGCCACGCCCGAGUUCAAGCAGUACCAGACACAGGUGGUGAAGAACGCUCAACGGCUGUGCGCGGGGCUGGCGGCGCGCGGGCUGGUGGUGGCGGCGGGCGGCACGGACAUCCACCUGCUGCUGCUGGACGUGCGCGCGGCGCGCGGGCUGGCGGGCGCGCGGGCCGAGCGCGCGCUGGAGCUCGCCUCCAUCGCCUGCAACAAGAACACCGUGCCCGGCGACACCUCCGCGCUCAACCCCAGCGGCAUCCGCCUCGGCACGCCGGCGCUGACCACGCGCGGGCUGGUGGAGGCGGACAUGGACCGCGUGGUGGAGUUCAUCGACCGCGCGCUGGUCCUGGCGCGCGAGGCGUCGGACCGCUGCGGCCCGCGCCUGGCAGACUUCAACAAGGAGCUGCAGGAGAACCCCGACCUCCGCGCGCGCCUGGCCGCGCUGCGCGACGAGGUCGAGGCCUACAGCCGCCAGUUCCCGCUGCCCGGAUACGAUACCUACUAAAACUUACAUAUUUAUAGCAUAGCCAUUCCAACAACUAUUCUGAAAAAAGUGAUAUCCUGUCUCGAUACAUCAUGAUAUUGUUACAUUUAUAAGUAAAAUGUAUUUUUCUAUUAUAAGAAUCUCUAGCACAUAAGUGAUAUACAUACAUGUUGACUACGUAAUAAAUAUUUUUUGAUUAUC